AUGUUGCAGGUUGAAAAUGUGAAAUUACUAGAUCGCUAUACAAAUAGGAAGGCAGCAAAUGGGACAUUAUACCUGACAGCUACCCACCUUAUCUACGUAGAUGCUUCUGCUGAAGUCAGAAAAGAAACAUGGAUUCUGCAUCACCAUAUUGCAACUGUAGAAAAACUGCCCCUGACUACGGCUGGAUAUCCACUCCUUAUUCACUGCAAGAACUUCCACGUGGCUCACUUUGUUAUUGGGCAGGAACGUGACUGUCACGAAGUGUACACCUCGUUGCUUAAACUUUCACAACCAGUGAAACCCGAAGAACUUUAUGCUUUCUCUUACAAUCCUAAAAUGUCUAAAGAGAACCGGGAGAUUGGAUGGAAGCUGAUUGAUUUGAAAGUGGAUUACCAGCGUAUGGGAAUUCCAAACAACUAUUGGGAAAUAACUGAUGUUAAUAAAGACUAUGAGGUUUGCAACACAUACCCUCCAGAAAUAGUGGUGCCUAGAGCUGCCAAUAAGGCAGUGGUGGUCGGAAGUUCAAGGUUCAGAAGCAGAGGGCGGAUUCCGGUGCUUUCUUACUUAUAUAAAGGAAACAAUGCUGCCAUAUGUCGUUGUAGCCAGCCUCUCUCCGGGUUCAGUGCGCGCUGUCUGGAGGAUGAACAAAUGCUGCAGGCGAUCAGAGAAGCCAACCCUGGGAGCCCCUUCAUGUAUGUUGUAGACACAAGGCCAAAGUUAAAUGCCAUGGCCAACAGAGCUGCUGGGAAGGGUUAUGAGAAUGAAGAUAAUUAUGACAACAUUCGCUUUAAAUUUAUUGGCAUAGAAAACAUCCAUGUGAUGCGGAACAGCUUGCAGAAACUCCUGGAAGUGUGUGAAAUGAAGUCCCCCUCAAUGAGCGAUUUCCUCACUGGGCUGGAGAACUCAGGUUGGUUACGGCACAUUAAGGCUGUGAUGGAUGCAAGUGUCUUUCUUGCCAAGGCUGUGAAAGAUGAAAAAGCUAGUGUGUUAGUCCACUGCUCUGAUGGGUGGGAUCGCACAGCGCAGGUCUGCUCCCUGGCUAGCCUCCUCUUAGAUCCAUUUUAUAGGACUUUUAAAGGCUUCAUGGUUCUAAUAGAAAAGGAGUGGAUUGCAAUGGGCCACAAGUUCUCACACAGGUGUGGCCAUUUGGAUGGUGACCCCAAAGAAGUAUCCCCUGUCUUCACUCAGUUCGUUGAAUGUGUCUGGCAGCUCAUGCAGCAGUUCCCGUGCACGUUUGAGUUUAAUGAGCGUUUCCUUCUUGAAAUCCAUGACCAUGUCUACUCCUGCCAGUUUGGCAACUUCCUUGGGACCUGUCAUAAGGAGCGUGAGGAUCUGAAAAUCUGUGAGAAGACGCAUUCUCUGUGGCCUUUCCUCUUACAGAAGAAGCAGGAAUUGAGAAAUCCUUUGUACAGAGGAUUUACAGCUUACAAAGAGCUUCAACCAAACACACUACCGUUCUGUUUCCAGUUUUGGUGUGGGAUGUAUAACCGCUUCGACAAAGGAAUGCAUCCAAAACAGUGUGUAUUGGAUCAUCUGCUAAGCUGCGUGAGCCAAAAGAUGAAACUGGAGGACAAUGCAUCUGAACUGGAAAAUAAACUUCCUUUCCUUGAUGGUCCUUUGCCCAGUGAAGCUUGCUCCUUAUCUAAAGUAGGACGUGCUGCUUCAAAAACACCGAUGCUCAACACUCCUCAGGAUUAUGAAGGGGAACCACCUCCUGUGUUGAGCAACGGCACCUCAGCAGGGGAUAUAGAUGUUACGUCAGAUGUGGACCAAAAGUACAAAGAGAACCUGUCUCAUCACCGGGACCUCCGUGAUCUUAAUGACGCCAUUGACGUUUUGGACUCCGAAGCUAAGGAUGGAAAGCCUCAGCACCACUGAUCAGCUCAGAGAACUGUGUUCAAUGAACCAGGCGCUUGUGGUGGUGAGGCAUAAGGGAGCUGUGCCCCCCGCGAGGGUGUAGACCACCUGACCGUUUGCAGCUAAGUGUUAGUACGUGUGUUUGCAGGGAGCUGUGCUCGCUGUAGAGAAGCAGUCUGCAUUUGGCUUGGUUCGCACCGUUUUGCAGCCGACAUGAUGAAGAUGCGUAGAGCUGCCCAGGAGGCUACCUUGAGUUAGUGUAAACCUUAUUUUUCAGUGGAAACACGAGGUGUGUUUAAGGUUUAUGACUGCCUGCCAGUACUGGUAUUUCAAGCUGAAAGAAGUCUUGGCCAAUUAACGUGGGGCUUAGGAGUUGUGCAGUGUUUAUAAAUGGAGUAGGAAAGAUGCAAUCCAUUUAUUCUUGGUGGUCGUGCAAGGUCAUCUUAAAAUGAUAAAAAAUGUCAGUUCCUCCUAAAAUGAUAAAAAAAAAUUAACCUUUUCUUAGCUGUGAAUGACUCUCUGCAUGGACCCUCACCUUGUGGCAGAACUGAUUCAUUUUUCGUUUCCUAUGCAUAUUUGAUAAACAAAACCAAACCCCCCUGUGCCUUUUUAUGGAGACCGUUUUAAUGUCUAGCCACGCAGUGUACUAUUUUUAUUAUUGUAGUGUAGAGUGGAGUAUUUGGUCGUCUUUGUAGUCAGUAUUUUUAAACAAGGUUUUUUAUCUGCUGCUGGCUUCUCCAGGAUCUUUGCCGAUCCCCUGAGUUUAGUAGCUUCUUUCUAAGCCGAGCUUUCAAAGAAUAAGCUUUUAUGGACCUCAUUUACUGAUUGUGAGAGUGCAGCAAGCCACAAAGACAGCCUGUAACACGUGAAUUUUUGACAGAGGGAGGAUUAGAAAUGAGAAAAGAUAGGAAAAAAAUUAUAUGGAAUUCUUCUUUCUUGUUUUAUGAUCUUGGUUAAAUUGAAGCAAGAGAGUAACUCUUUGUUCUAAGCUGGAAUCGAUGUGCUUUCCUCGCAUCCAUCGAUGAGGCAGUAAUUACAGAUGAGGUGUGUUCUGUUAUUGAAAUGGGGCCUAAAAUGAUUUCUUCACAUCACAUGCUGAGUGGUUAUAGUGAAUGUCAUCUUGGAUGUUAAAAUUACAUGAAGCCUAGAGAUGUUUUGUCUGUACUGUCAAGAUGUGGGGAGAUGAACAGUAUCUCUCAUGGCAAUGAACUUUGUAAUUCUGUGAAGCUGGUGACAAGAUGUAAAUUGGGAUGUGACCCCUUAUUGGAACAAGAAGUGGACGUCUUGGCUUGUGGCGGUGACUCCAGCUUGGAUUCACUCCAGUGCUUGUUAACACUACUUGGUUUCUUUAAACUGCAGUAAUCUCGGCUAGAGAUACUAGUUCAAAGUUGCAGGUUUAAAACAGAGACGUGUAUUCCAUUUAUACAGAAGUCUUGUGAAGAAACAAGGGCUUGUCUCCCCAGGGAAAUGGAUGGCCCAGGAAAGCUGUUCCACAGUACUUGUUCUGGACAAGCUUCUGUAGAAGUGCUUAAUUGCACAGAGAGUCCCAUUGUGCAGCUUAAUUGAAGAUGCUUUUCUGCUUUAUUUUGGAUCCUGUUGUUUAAAUUGGAUGCUGCCAUUAGGUCUUAAAAUCAGUUUUUCUCUUUUAUAAAAUUUUGAAACAAACUGAAAACAUUUUCUAAGUUAGCCCUCCCAAUCUACAAUAAAAAGUAGAAACAUUCCACUAUACCAUCGUAAAAUUCAAUAGCCAUUGUUCAUAUGCUUAUAACCUAUGGUGAAAUGGCUGGGUUAGUUUCAGUGUUCAAGAUAAAGUAGAAAAGAAAAAAAACAAAACUCUCCUGAGUGUCUCACUUUGGGUAAGAAAAUAUAUAUUUUAAGCAUAUAAGAAGACCCAAGGAAAAAGGGCAAUACCUGAGAACACAGAGUUUCUUCAAUGCCUAGAAUGGCAAAGAGAAACUUUUUUUAAUGUUGCAGGUUUUUCAAUCUUAAAGCAAGUAAUAUAGUUGUUUUCAAGGUAGGAGUGAGAGAACUACAAUGUGCGAUUGGUUUAAAACUAAGCACAUAAAAUACUGAACCAGAUGUGCUUAAGCGGAUGAUGUUCGAAAUUUGUUGUGUGGGUACCUAUCAAAAAUACUGCAUCGUGCAACAGCUGUGUAUUUUAUUUUGAAGGAUGCACAUUUCUGAGUGCAUCUUUUCUUAAUCUCAAGAUGAGUAUCUGCUGUUGAGUCUCUUUGCUUGUAAAAAGAGAUCUGCUAAGCUCCUAACGUUAAGUUAGAUAGUCUACCAGCCUUUUAAGUUUGCCAUAUCCACGUACUCCUCAAGCAAAGAGAUUGCACCCCAAGUCUUAAUCCGGCUGCUCUGGAUACCCAGGGAUCAGAGCCUGCUGUAGAUUCCCACUGGAGGGCGCUGGGGAGACUAUUCCCCUUUGCCUCUUUACAGUGUAAAAAGUCAGU